AUGUUUAAAUCAUUAUUGAUAUGGAUCCUGUGUGUUUCAUCAGUCAGUAUAACAGUAGCAAGCGAAUCAGUUAGAUUUGCUUCAAAAUUUCUUCAGCAAGGUGAUCCGGAACCUUCAUCAGAUUAUAUCACUCGGAUUUAUUCGAUGCGAUUUUGUCCAUAUUGUGACAGAGCUAUCAUCGCUGCAUACAAAAAAGGCAUCCAAUUUGAAGUUCUGAAUAUUAAUCUUCAAAAUAAACCCGACUGGUUCCUUUCAAAGCAUCCUGAAGGGACUGUACCGCUUCUAGAACAUGAUGGCAAGCUAGUACCCGACUCCCGAGUGAUUAUAGAAUAUUUGGAUGAUGCAUUUCCGGAAACAAGCAUUUUGCCUAGAGAACCAUAUCUUCGAGCAAAGCAACGAUAUGAUGCAAAUAAACUAGACUCGGUUUGCAGUACAAUACAAAAAGUGUCAUAUUUGACACAGCUAUCUGGCAAUAUCACAACUCUUGCAACGGAACUUGCCGUGGCUGAGAAAUUGCUAGAAACUUCUUUCUAUUCAGGCACAACACCUGGCUUACCAGACAUUGUCUUGUAUCCGUUCAUUCACCGAUUGCAUGUCAUCCGACAAUUCGUUAGAGACAGUUUCCUUGAUGAUUAUUUCCCGAAUCACUUUCCAAAACUUGUAAAAUGGUUCAUUAGGAUGCGAACUAUGCCAGAGACCCAAGUAGUUCGAGAACCAGAACACCACUUGAAGGCAUUCCUGAUCAGCAAAGCAAAACAAAAUGCUACUGAUUUCGAUAUCCAUCUCUCUGGUUCUAACAUACCAAUUAAUCGGAAAUUUCUCAACGAUUCAACCGUUCAAUGGCACAACAAUUAA